ACAACCAACCAUCCUCUCCAAACAGACCAAUCGACCAUUGUCUCUUCGUGGCAAAUACCCUUCAAGAACUCCAAUCCCCCCCUUCGCCCAUCUCUUCCCAAAUCCACAUCCAUCACCAUGCUUCGAACCGUCACCUCCAAGGCCAUCCGCGCCCCUCUGUCCCUCGCCUCCCGAGCCACAUUCACCACCACCGCUCGCGCCAUGGCUGACGGCGAUCUCGGUUCCGUCCGCAGCACCGGCGGCCAAGGUGACGCUUUCCAGCAGCGCGAGAAGGCUGCUGAGGAUUACGCCAUCCGCCAGCGUGAGAAGGAGAAGCUCCUGGAGAUGAAGCAGAAGAUCAAGGAGCAGCAGGCCCACCUGCAGCAGCUCGCUGACCACAUUGACGACAUCACCAAGGACCAGGGCGGCGAGAAGAACUAGGAACAUUGACAUCGAUCAACACGCACUUUACUCGGCAACCAUGUUGGUGAUGUGGAGACAGUAGCGCUGUUAUUAAGUCGGCGGACGACGCGGAGGACGACAUGAAUUGAAUUCUUGGCUCGGGGGCGUUAAACGCUUGUGAAAGCUCAAACGUGUAGCGGCCCUUGACCGCAUGGAAACAAACACAGAUUGCGUCCACUUUUGGUAUUACCAACUGUCCAGCUAGUUGUACAUGUACAAAUGAUAAUGCAGAAGCAAAAGCA